AUGUUUGAGGAUAGAUUUUGGAGACGAAGAUAAAGGCGAAACCAAAUUGAUUUAGGAAACUAAAAAAUUAAUAAAUAAAAACAUCUUACCACAUAUUGGAGAUCAACUGAAAGUAGAAAUAGAAAAGCCGAUUUUUUGGGAUAUAUAGUUCAUAGAUUAUUGAAUGCUUCAUUAGGAAAAACAGAUUUGGAUGAUGGAGAUCAUUUAGGCAAAAAGUGAUUAGAUAUGGCAGGAACAAUGAUGUGGGAGUCUGUAAGACAUCAUUUGAAUAAUUUAAAUAGAAUUCUAAAAAGGCAUUAAAAUAUAUUAAUGGAGGAAAAAGUGGAUGAGGAUAAAUAAACAAAACCGUACUUGGAAUGUAAUAUAUUAUAUAAUUACAUGUAGACUUUACAAACCCAAACCCUUCAACAUUCUGUGACUGCUGA